AUGAUCGAACCAGUCAUCACUUUUGACAAAGAUGUCUACCAGCCAGGAGACAAAGUGUCCGGAAAGGUCACUCUGGAGGUCACCGAACCCUUAAAAGCUCGAUCUGUGAUGAUCAAUUGGUGGGGAUUCAGUCGAACCAGGGGUGUCACCCUCACUCAAUUCGCUCGGAGGUCCUUCGUGGUUGGAACAGAAAUUGCCUGGGUAUCAAAGGGCGGAGAGGACAAAAUUCCUUGCGGAAAGCACGAGUACCCAUUCUCGUUCUCCUUGCCCAAAGGGGUCCCACCAAGUUACAAAAGCCUCUUUGGUAAGACCAAGUACAGAGUCAAAGUUGUCAUCGACAGACCAUGGAAGCUUAAAACCAAAGUCAAGAAAGAGUUCACUGUGGCCACAACUGCAGACAAGGAGAUUGUGAAAAAAUUCAGAAAUGGGGUAAAAUGGUUCACCAACUACACUUUUAACACCGGAAUCAUUUUCUCUUAUGGACCAGUUAAACUUUCCGUGUAUCAGCCACAGAACCUCUACACAUUCGGAGAAUCUAUCGACCUCGAAUACCGAAUCACCAACCACAGUAAUGUGGCUGUGAGCGAAAUUUUCAUGGACUUCUCCAGUUUUGGUCACUAUCACGCUCGUAGUCAACUCACUCCAUGCAAAAGUCCUGGGUUGUCGUGCCCAUUAGCUCUCGAUCAACGAUAUAACCAAAACAGAAAAAUCGGAGGAAGCAAACUGAAAUGUCGUGUUGAGCCACACUCCGAGGGCACGUUCAUUCUCCCAUUUGUGAUCCCAGAGAAGGCAAAGACACCAACAUUCGAAUCUGGUCUGAUGACAUGUGGAUACUUCAUGGAAUUCGGAUUCAAACUGGAAAACUCUUCAGUGAGAAAUAAAACAAUGCCAUUAUACAGGGCGAUUGGGAACCUUCCUGAAGAGAAGACCGAGGAGAUCAAAACAAAGAAGCAAGAGGUGUCGGAAGCCGUUGCACCACCAGCAUAUCAACCAUAA